CCUCUUUUAUUUUUCUCCACAGCGGUGAGCUUUUUCUGUCCAGGGCCCUUGGCUUGGAGGAGAAGUCCGUGGCUCUGAGACGAAGUUAGAGGGGAGAGAAGAGGGCGGCAGCGGCGGGGGGGAACCCGCGCACAUGAAAGGCUACUCUGGAGGCCUUCACUGAGGAAGAUCUGCACUGAGCCAGAGUUUGGGAUUUUACAUCAACCCCUGAUUUUAUUUUAGUGGAUUUUGUGGAAAGGUUGUGUACGGUGAAGGCGUCAAGAUGGCGACCAACGCGGAUGCGGCCAAGCCGGUCAUCAUGAACGAGGAGGAACUGAAGAAGAAGCAGAGAGAGAAGCUGAAGCGGCUUCAGGCCACAGGUGGAAACCCUCGACCUGCCAGGACCCUCUUCCUCUUCUCCCUCAAAAACCCUUUCCGAAAGGCCUGCAUCAACAUUGUGGAGUGGAAAACCUUUGAAAUCAUCAUCCUGUUAACCAUCUUUGCCAACUGUGUGGCUCUGGCUGUGUUCCUGCCCAUGCCUGAAGAAGACAGCAACAACACCAACGAGAACUUGGAAAGUCUGGAGUACAUCUUCCUUAUCAUCUUCACGUUCGAGUGCUUCAUGAAGAUCAUAGCGUAUGGGCUGGUGUUCCAUGAAGGGGCCUAUUUAAGGAACUGUUGGAACAUAUUGGACUUUGUCAUCGUUUUCAUGGGACUCUUCACCUUUUGCUUGGAUACCAUAAAUAUGAUUGCAGGAGUGGAGAAGGAAAAGGGUGGGGGGUUUGACAUGAAGGCUCUGAGAGCGUUCAGAGUACUGCGGCCCCUUCGACUUGUUUCAGGAGUACCUAGCCUUCAGGUGGUGAUGAACUCCAUCCUCAAAGCCAUGCUGCCUCUGCUGCACAUUGCCCUGCUGGUGUUCUUACUGGUCACCAUCUACGCCAUUAUGGGACUGGAGUUGUUCAAAUGCAAAAUGCAUAAGACCUGUUACUACACUGGCACAAACAUCUAUGCAACAGCAGAAGGUGAGCUGCCUGCUCCGUGUGCUCAGGCUGGAAACGGACGCCGCUGCACGAUCAAUAGUUCAGAGUGCAGGCCUAACUGGGAAGGUCCCAACAACGGCAUCACUCACUUCGAUAAUAUUGGCUUCGCAAUGCUGACAGUUUACCAGUGCAUCACCAUGGAGGGAUGGACCAAAGUCCUUUACUGGGUGAAUGAUGCUAUCGGAAACGAAUGGCCCUGGCUCUAUUUCGUUCCUCUCAUCUUGCUGGGCUCCUUCUUUGUGCUUAAUCUUGUCCUGGGUGUUCUUAGUGGAGAGUUUACCAAAGAGCGAGAGAAGGCCAGGUCACGAGGAGAGUAUCAGAAGUUGAGGGAGCGUCAGCAGCUGGAUGAAGACCUCCAUGGCUACAUGGAGUGGAUCACUCAUGCUGAAGUCCUUGAUGCUGACAGAGAAGGCAAAGGCCUUCUGCCUCUUACCAGUGGAGACUCUGACACAGACAGCCUGUAUGACUUGGAAGGAAAGAGUCGUAUCAUCUACUAUUACCGGCUGGGCCUUCGCUGGAAUCGUUUCUUCAGGAUGAAGUGUCUGAUUUAUGUGAAAACCAAGAGCUUUUAUUGGGCUGUGAUGUUCCUCGUAUUCCUCAACACGCUGACCAUAGCCACAGAGUACCACCGACAGCCUGACUCCCUGACGUCUCUGCAAGAUGUAGCGAGCCGAAUCCUGCUGGUGCUGUUUGUCUUUGAGAUGCUGGUGAAGAUGUACGCUCUGGGACCCAGAGCCUACUUCAUGUCGCUGUUUAACCGUUUCGACUUCUUCGUCGUGCUCUGCGGCAUUCUGGAGAUGAUCAUGUUGUCUGUAGGAGCCGUGGCUCCUCUGGGGUUCUCCGUGCUCAGGUGUAUUCGGCUACUGAGGAUUUUCAAAGUCACAAAGUACUGGACCUCUCUAAGUAACCUGGUGGCCUCUCUCCUCAACUCCGUUCGCUCCAUUGCUUCUCUGCUCCUCCUUCUCUUCCUCUUUAUUGUCAUCUUCUCACUCCUGGGAAUGCAGGUGUUUGGAGGGAAGUUCAACUUUGAUUACAACCGUCCCAGGCGCAGUAACUUUGACAACUUUCCUCAGGCCUUGAUUAGUGUAUUUCAGAUCCUUACAGGAGAGGAAUGGACCAACAUCAUGUACAAUGGUAUAAUGGCAUAUGGAGGGCCUGAGAUUCCUGGGAUUCUAGUUUCCAUCUAUUUCAUUAUCCUUUUCGUCUGUGGAAACUAUAUCCUCCUCAAUGUAUUCUUGGCCAUUGCGGUGGACAACCUGGCAGAGGCUGAGAGUCUGACUUCGGCUCAGAAGGAAAAGGCAGAAGAGAAGAUGAGAAAGAAGCUGCUAAGGUCCAAAAUGCCUGAAAAGACUGAUGAGGAGAGGGAGAGGAUAGCAAAGAAACUGGCUGAGCAGAGGGCCAAAAUGGAGGGAAUGCCCACUACAGCCAAACUCAAAAUCGAUGAAUUUGAGUCAAAUGUCAAUGAAGUGAAGGAUCCAUUUCCACCUGCUGAUUUCCCAGGUGAUGAUGAAGAGGAAGAACCUGAAAUCCCAAUCAGUCCUCGGCCCCGACCAAUGGCCGAUCUGCAGCUCAAGGAAGAAGCCGUUCCUUUGCCAGAAGCUAGCUCCUUUUUUAUAUUUGGUCCUCAGAACAAGUUCCGUAAGCUGUGUUACAAGAUCAUCAACGCUUCGUCCUUCACCAACCUCAUCCUCCUCUUCAUCCUGCUCUCGUCCAUCUCGCUGGCAGCUGAAGAUCCCAUCGAUCCAAAAUCCUAUAGAAACCAGAUCUUAGCCUACGCUGAUAUUGUCUUCACAACUGUUUUCACCAUUGAGAUUGUGCUGAAGAUGACUGUGUAUGGUGCGUUCAUGCACGAAGGCUCUUUUUGUCGUAACUCGUUCAACAUCCUGGAUCUGAUUGUGGUCACAGUGUCACUCCUGUCUAUGGGAAUGGAGUCCAGCGCCAUCUCUGUGGUGAAGAUUCUUAGGGUGUUGAGGGUGCUGAGGCCUCUCAGAGCCAUCAACAGAGCAAAAGGUUUAAAGCAUGUGGUCCAAUGUGUGUUUGUGGCCAUCAAGACAAUUGGCAACAUUGUCCUGGUCACCAUGCUGCUGAAUUUCAUGUUUGCCUGCAUUGGAGUGCAGCUCUUCAAGGGCAAAUUCUACAGCUGCACAGACCCGACCAAAGUGACUGCAGAGGAAUGCAAGGGAUAUUACUUGAAGCACAUGGAGAACUCCCUGCAAGACACAGUUCUGGCGAAAAGACAGUGGAUAAACAGUGACUUUAACUUUGACAACGUGCUCAAUGGGAUGCUGGCUCUUUUCACCGUCUCAACGUUUGAGGGCUGGCCCAAGCUUCUUUACAGAGCCAUAGACUCAGCAGAAGAAGACAUGGGUCCAGUCUAUAACAACCGUGUGGACGUGUCCAUCUUCUUCAUUAUCUACAUCAUUCUCAUUGCCUUCUUCAUGAUGAACAUCUUUGUGGGCUUUGUCAUCGUCACCUUUCAGGAGCAGGGAGAGCAGGAGUACAAGAACUGCGAGCUCGACAAAAACCAGCGUCAGUGUGUGCAGUACGCUCUGAAGGCUCGCCCUCUUCGGUGCUACAUCCCAAAAAACCCGUACCAAUACAGAGUGUGGUACAUCGUCACCUCAUGCUACUUUGAGUACCUCAUGUUCUUCCUAAUUAUGCUGAACACAUUGUGCUUAGGGAUGCAGCACUGCAACCAGUCGAAUUAUGUUACCAAGCUGUCAGACACUCUGAACCUGAUCUUUACUGUGCUCUUCACUGUGGAGAUGAUACUUAAGCUCAUGGCCUUCAAAGUCAGGGGCUACUUUGGAGAUCCCUGGAACGUCUUUGAUUUCAUAAUAGUCAUCGGUAGCGUUGUUGACGUCAUCCUGAGUGAAGUUGAUGCCGCCCUGGACUCCAGUGGAGGACUGUACUGUCUUCAUGGCUGUGCUGAGACAGAUCCUAUGGAAGAAAUUGCGGCUUCUGAAAACGCCUCGGUCUCCAUCACAUUCUUCCGACUCUUCCGUGUUAUGCGUUUAGUCAAGCUGCUGAACCGUUCGGAGGGCAUCCGUAACCUGCUCUGGACCUUCAUCAAGUCUUUCCAGGCUCUCCCUCAUGUAGCUCUCCUCAUUGUGAUGCUCUUUUUCAUUUAUGCUGUGAUCGGAAUGCAGAUCUUUGGAAAGGUAGCCUUAGUGGACGGCACCCAAAUCUACCGCAACAACAACUUCCAGACAUUCCCUCAGGCCGUUCUGAUGUUAUUCCGAUGUGCGACUGGUGAGGCUUGGCAGGAUGUCAUGAUGGCUUCGAUGUACGGGAAGAGGUGUGACCCCAAAUCUGACUUCCUGCCAGGAGAAGAGAACACCUGCGGGUCCAACUUUGCUGUCUUUUACUUCCUCAGCUUCUACUGUCUCUGUGCCUUCCUGAUCCUCAAUCUGUUUGUUGCUGUCAUCAUGGACAACUUUGACUAUCUCACCCGUGAUUGGUCUCUUCUUGGUCCACACCAUCUGGACGAGUUCAAGAAAAUCUGGGCAGAAUACGACCCCGAGGCCACAGGGAGAAUCAAACAUCUGGAUGUGGUGACGCUGCUGCGACGGAUCCAGCCUCCUCUUGGCUUCGGCAAGUUCUGUCCACAUCGCGCUGCGUGCAAGCGUUUGGUUGGGAUGAACAUGCCUCUCAACAGCGAUGGCACCGUCACGUUCAACGCCACCUUGUUUGCUCUGGUCAGAACGGCACUGAAAAUCAAAACUGAAGGAAACUUUGAGCAGGCCAAUGAGGAGCUUAGAGCGAUUAUAAAGAAAAUCUGGAAACGCACCAGUAUGAAACUGCUGGACCAGGUCAUCCCCCCUAUAGGAGAUGACGAGGUGACUGUGGGGAAAUUCUACGCAACAUUUCUGCUCCAAGACCAUUUCCGAAAGUUUCUGAAACGCCAGGAGGAGUAUUACGGCUACCGUCCAUCAAAGAAGAGCGCCUCGGGUCCAGAGAUUCAGGCGGGUUUGAGGAGCAUAGAGGAAGAAGCAGCUCCAGAGAUGCACAGGGCAAUUUCAGGAGACUUGCAGAAUGAGGAAGAAAUGGACAGAGCGAUGGACGAAGCUGCAGAAGAAACCAUUUAUCAGCGUUCUCAUGGUCUGUUCGGCAACCGAGUCGAAUCCUUCUCUGCCGAGGCCACCGACGCUCAGAACUCCCAGAUGACCCAUCAGCGGCCCCUCCAGUUCUCAGAGAGCCAGUCUGAGUCUCCCCCCAACUCCUCUGCCCUGGCGCCCAGCGCAGACUUUUUCCCCACAACAGCACCAAAAAGCAACACAAACAACAACGCCUUCGCAGAAUUUUUCUUUGACAGAGAAGCCAGUCCAGAUGAGUUCUAUAAUCCCUCUGAGGACGAAGAACCAGACCCAAGACACUCCUGGAACUUCACAGUAAAAACAAACAAAACACAGUUCCCUUAUGAGCCUGAGUGGAUGGAGAGUCGGAGUCGGAGCUCAAAGACUGCAGCCGAUCAGCUUGUCCAGGAGGCCCUUGAAAUGGGCGGUCUGGCCUCCUUGUCCAAAGAUCCUGGUUUUGUCUCCGUAACUAAGAAGGAGAUGGCCGACGCCAUGCAUAUCCCCCUUUCAGAGAUGGAGGGCGUGGCGAGGGGCAUCCUCAGUGAACGCUCCGACAGCAUCCCCUCUGUCAAAAAACGACGUCCCGUCCCUGUACCUCCACCCGUCCCUGCUGGAGGAGGACAAAAACCCAGCCAGCCGGAGCCGGCUGUCAGAAAGAAGAGACGUCCGGUUCCCACAGUUCCUAGCCGAAGGAAACAGAAUGACUCCGAAGUUUAGGUGUGUGUUGAGUUUAUGUGGAUAAAGUGACUUCAGCUCGUUCAAGUUGUAAAACCAAGCUUGUUGCCCCUUUGACAAUCUGUAUCUGUUAGCCUGACUCCAGGUCAAACAGCAGGUUGGGGAAAUUGGGUACACCGAGACAUCUUUCAGAUGUAUGACUAAUAAAAACAGAAAAAAAUGACUUAAAGUAAGCUGAUUGAUACACUUCUUUUACCUUAUCAUUUACUGAGGAUAUCCAUUCCACAGGUGGGACAGCUGAGUGAAUAAGGAAAGUGUCUUACUGUAGCCUCACUGAAGGGGGCAGUGAUAGUGAGCGAGGCUCAGUGUAAACUAAACAAAUGGCAGCAGCCUUUUUUUGUGCUGCAGUUGAUAAGAUGGUGGGAAAGUACUGUGGUAAGUGGAAACAGCUAGCUUUGUCUUCCUAUCAGAAAUCAAAGUAUUUAAAAGGUAGGAGCUUCAAACUGACUUUGUGAUUGAAAUUUCAGCAGGUUUUCUGUUUAAAACUGUCCUUAGUUUAUUGUAGCAAUGAUUAUCCUACAUUCUAGCUGUAAUAAACUGUUUGCUUUAUAAUCAAUAUAGUAAAAAGUCACUGUACAGUUAUGGGUUGUAUGUUUGUCCCUUAGAUUAGAUUUGAUCCCUGAAGGGUUUUCAGCAUACCUGGAGUAUGGUUGAGUAUUUCUGCUUUAGCUUGAAACUUCAGAGCCACAUUUUUAUUCACAUCAGUGUGGACUUUUGCACUUGAUUCAUGUUUUGUGCUCAAAUUCAGUCUUCCCAGAGGACUUUUCUAUUUUUUGUCAUAUUGUCCUCCGAUGUGCCUGCGUUUAACUGUCACACAUCGAGUUUUAACGUUAGUGUAAAGUAUUUUCAGCUUUACUCUCCCUUUACUUUGGAUUCUGUACAAUAAAGUGUGAUAUGUUUUCACUGUUACACCCUCAUAAAAAAAAAAAACCCAUCUAAUCCAAUAUGUCGGUCUGUAUGAGCAUUGUUUUGUCCCUGGAUACAAAUAAAGAGCCCUAACAUGUGGA